UCAGUCUGGAAGCAGCAGCGCAGUAAUGUUGAGUCUCGGAAGCGGAGCCGCCAAACCGGCCAAACCUUCGUUCGUUUCUUAUGUUACACCCGAGGAAAUUAAAUCUGAGAAAGAACCACUGAAGAAAGAAAAGCAUCCAGACUUGUUACCAGGAGAGGUCGUGUUCUGCAGUGCGAACACCAUUCUCAAACACACUCACGAUGACGUCUCUCAGCGGGGGAUCUUCGGAACACUCCUCUGCACCAAUUUCCGGGUCUCGUUCGUCAGCGACGAGACGCCACAGGACGACACGAGUCAACACUUUAAGAAUAAGCUGUAUGGAGAAAAUGACGUUCCUCUAAUGUGUGUAGACAACAUCUACGGAGUUUACGAUGACAAGAAAAAGCUGAUCACUGGUGGCAUGCUGAAAAAUAAAAACCCCUCAAAAAUGAUCAUCCACUGUAAAGACCUGCGUGUUUUGCAGUUCGGUUUAACCUUCACCAAAGAAGAGGAUGCCAAGAAGAUCUUUCAGGGUAUUGCCCACCACUGCCUGGAACCGAAGUCUCUGAAAUGUGUCUUUGCUUUUUCCUUUCAUGUUACAACAGUUCCAGAGAUACAGACGACACAAAGGACCGUUAUGUUUGAUUCAGCAGCCGACUGGGAUCAAGAAUUGAAACGGACCAAAGGAAACUGUAAAAUAGUCACCAAAAAUAAGAAUUUUGAAAUCUCCACAAGGUUACCGAAGUGCUUUGUCAUCCCAGCUGCUGUUUCUGAGGAAGACUUGGAUAAAUUCCAAGGAAAAGGACUGCCUAUGUGGUGUUGGUCCCAUCAUAGUGGCUGUGCUUUGUUUAAAGCUUCCUCUCUGCCUGGAGCACAAGAAGACGGCUUGUUGCAGGCGUACACCGACAGAAUGCUUGAUGCAGUGGCGCACAACCACCUUUAUUCCGUGAGAACAGAGGAUCUUUCUGAAAUGCUUCCCACCAUUCAAGAUAUUCAGCAGUCAUACACAAAGUUUAAGCAGUUGUUUCUCAUCGAUAAUUCAACAGAAUUUUGGGAGUUGGAUGUAAAGUGGUUUUCCUCUCUUGAAAGCUCAGGGUGGCUCGACAUUAUCAGACAGUGUCUCCAAAAAGCAGUAGAAGUAGUAGAGUGCCUCGAGAAAGAGAACACCAACGUUCUCAUAAUGGAGGAGGAGGGAACAGACCUUUGCUGUGUUAUUUCCAGCCUGGUUCAGAUCAUGCUGGACCCUUACUACAGAACGCUGACGGGCUUCCAGGGCCUCGUGCAGAAAGAGUGGGUGGCCGGAUGUCACGCUUUCCUCGAUCGAUGUAAUCAUCUUCAUCAGAAGGAUAAGGAGAGCCAGUCGCCGAUCUUCCUGCUCUUUCUGGAGUGCGUUUGGCAGCUGGUUCAGCAGCACAGCGCAGCCUUUCAGUUCUCCGAGACCUAUCUGACCGUGCUGUCCGACAGCAUCCAUGUUCCUGUCUUCAGCACUUUUCUCUUCAACUCGGCCUAUCAGAGGGAGAGCGUACUCAAGGCUGAGUCACAGUAUUUACAAAGAGGCCCAUCGAAUUGCCCUGCAGUGUGGGACUGGUCGGUGCAGUUUAACUUCAAGGCCCAGCAGCUCUUUCUCAACCCUCUGUACAUCGUAAAGUUCAAGCUAGAGAAAGCUACACGCAGACUUCCUCGCUCUAAGCACCAGCGUCAGUUGUCCCUGCCCAGCUCGGCGUUCAAAACGCCACCCAAGAAAGGCUUCUUCAAAGACGAAACAGACAGCCUGAAGAAGCUGCUCCGCGUCAAGCGCCUCAGCCGCUGGAUGCAGUCUCCCGACUCCCCCACCGCAGGUCCCGCUAACGAAUUCUACGAGGCUUGGCUCCGCCGUCCGCCGGAUCCCCACGGCAUGCUCCUGCCCUGCCUCUCUGGGUCGGCCAUACGCCUGUGGAUGCAGCGCUGCCUGCGCUGGAUCCCCGACUGCCAGGUCGCGGGCGGGGACGCCCCGGCCAUCACGAGCAAGCUCUACGACCUUCUGCGCCAAGUGCAAGACCUCCAGAGCGAGCUAGACCGCCGAGGAAGCUCGCGAACGGAGCCCGAACAUCACAGGCUGCCGCCGCCAGCGUUGGCGUUGGCUCAGACGACGCUGCGACUGUCGUCUUCCUUUCCUUUCGCUACUAGGAGGAGCUGGUGCUUCAAGCCGGCCAUUCUCACAAACCUGCCGCGGAGUCGGCUCGCCAGUGACAAGCUAGCGAGUCAAGACGACGAGAGCGGAGAGUUGAUGAGCUUGGUUUAAGAGUCGAAUCGUCUCUAAUAGUAUCUGUGUGUGUAAAUAAUACCAAUAAUAUCAUUAUGACACAAAUGUAGUAUUAAUUCAUUCACAAUUAAUCCUAAAAAAGAACAAAAUAAACAUAAAAUCGUCAUUAUGAACGAUCUGGUCAGGUGUAUAUGCUCGGUCUGACCCCACCUUACCAAAAAUUAGAAAAGCAAAAGGAACUAAGAGGUUUUGUGUUUUCUCCCUGUGUCCAUGUGGACGUCCUUUAAAUACAAGUGCUCCUCCACUUGCGAUGGGGAUAUUGGAACGGAACCCCAUCAGAACUGAAAAUAUCGUAAAUUUAGGACAGCACCAUGGUAGCCUAACCUAAGC